AUGGGUAGACCACCUUGCUGUGAUAAAAUGACUGUAAAGAAAGGGCCAUGGACUCCAGAAGAAGAUAUCAUCUUGGUUUCAUAUAUUCAAGAACGUGGACCUGGGAAUUGGAGGACUGUUCCUUCUAACGCUGGUUUGCUUAGGUGCAGUAAGAGUUGCAGGCUCAGAUGGACUAAUUACCUCCGGCCAGGGAUCAAACGGGGCAACUUCACUGAACAUGAGGAGAAGAUUAUUAUCCACCUCCAAAAUCUUCUUGGAAAUCGAUGGGCAGCCAUAGCUUCUUAUCUUCCUGAGAGAACUGAUAAUGAUAUUAAGAACUACUGGAACACUCAAUUGAAAAAGAAACUCAAUAAGCUUCAACAAGGCGAUGAUGCUAAUAACCAAGAAAGGCACUCAGUUUCUGAAUCAAUCUCUAAAGGACAUUCUAACCCUAGUGAAGGGACACUGAGUGCAACAACACCACCAGAGGGAAAUCAUUAUCUCUUUAGCUUCAAUUCUGAUGAAUCGGACGAGGCUGCUGCGAAUUUCACACCUGAAAAUGGGGCUUUCAAGGAUGAAAAACAACAAGAUUUGAACAAUCAAAUGCCUCUUACUUUGCUAGAGAAAUGGCUUUUUGAUGAUGUAGCUACUCAAGGAGAUGAAGAAAUAGUGGACAUGUCCUUGGGAGAAACUUCUAGGUUAUUCUGA